AGUGGGCGUUGGUGGCGCGGUUUGAGCCAUGAGUUGGGGCCUGGUGCUGGUGGUGCGCGGUGUGUCGCUCGCUCGGUGGUCGCUGGCUGCUGCAGGUUAAUAUAAAUGUAAGCUUUUUGGUGCCAGUUGUGAAAGGCUCUGAAAUAUUUUUUGACGAUCUCCAGCCAAAAUUUGAAAAAGCCACUUUAAAAGUGAAAGUCAACAAACGAGAAAAAAAAUUAUAAGAGUGCUAUACCAAGAUACCACAGAAUUACUUUAGUUUGCCAGAAAUUCAAGUUGGUGCUCUUUUCUUGAAUAUUACAGAAAACAGUUUCUGAAGGGAUAUCGCCUUAACUAUUUUAUUACACAGCUGAAGAAAAUUUGAGUGCAAUAGACUUUGAAGCCUGAAUAAAAAGUAAAUCACAAGUUCUCAGCUGAUAAACAACAGAAAGUCCUUCAAGCUACACGUACCAGGAAGCACCUGAGAAAACCCCCAACUCCUAAACGACAGAAAACGUCCCACAGUGACUGUUUUCUUUGACCAAGAAACGACGGAGAUCUGAGAACUUCUCUCUACGAAGUUUAGUGUCGAACUCUCCGAAAAAAAAAGCUAAGGACUUUCUGAACGACACACACACUCGAAGCUUGAGCGUAAGGCGUCACAUGGUAAGUGGGCGAGCUGUGAAGACGCCUUUUAGAGGAGAUAGAACUGAGAGGUCUGGCGAUGCUACUUAUCCAAGUCCCCAUGGGUGGGAGGGGACGCCGCGUGGCCUUCCAUAACCCACAGGGCGGUGAGGCGAGAGGCCAGCAUGACCAGGCGGCCAUGAAGAAAGAGAGGAGCUUCGUCAGGCACUCACACCACCAGCAGCAGCAGCAGCAGCAGCAACAGCAGCAGCAGUACCACCAUAAGAACAACAAUAACAAUAAUAAUAGUGACCGCCGGUUUGUGCAGCGGGAGCGGAGCUUCGUGCGCCCCGAGUCACCCUUCCUUCACAGUCAGGCCCGCGAGCAGAAUCGGAGGAGGAGCGCCAUGCCGGCUACCAACCGUAGCAAACCUGCCAUGGAGCUCUACCGACCUCCAAUCUACUCCACAGCACUUCGAGGACCCGGCAUCUUCGAUAACGCGAACGGCGAGGCUGUUAUGAACGGUAAAAUGGUUCAGAACGGCACAGUCUACGACACCAGAUCCAGCCUCAAUGUUAACGCUCGCGAAUUUGUUUCCGUUAGCACCAGGCCUCCCCUCCAGCACUCAAAGUCCUCCAGUAGCGUGCCCCUUCAGGGUCGUCCUGGUGGUCUGCAGCACUCCAAGUCUGGCAGUAACCUCCGACAGACCACCAACGGCGACUUACGACCCCCCAGUGGCUCCCCUCCCAGGGUACACUUCAGCGACGACAAGGAGAACGACCCACAGCUUAAGUCUGUGUUGAUCUCGCGCCCCCCGUCCCUAGCCGUGGGAAUCCUGAGCCAGCCGGGCAUCAAGAGAUCCAAGUCACUGGGAUCAGCAGACCUUCGCGCCUCCCAGCUCCUCGACUCCUCCACCACACCCACACCCACCAUGCCGGACUUGGGACCCUUCUCGCCAGACGUCCACAACUCCAUUACGAAAGCCAUGACUGACCCGAACAGUGUGAGCGCCCGCCAGCUGAUGGAGGUGGUGCGUCAAGUGUUCACUAGAGUGGUGGAGGCUUCCCGCCACGCUGAGCCCGCAGCCCGCCUCUGCAUAGCUAUUAUUGAGAAGGAGAAAAAUGAGACAUUCCUGGAGACUCUUCUCAACACCUGCCAGGAGUACUUCCAGGAGCGCGACCGCCUCCUGAGGAACAACCCGCCAGCUCCCUACCCUGGCUUCGUCCCCGCCCACCCUCGCUGGAUCGCCUAUAUGACCUUCCUUAACGAAAUGUACACACAGCUGAAGCGCCGGCACGUACAGCUGAUGACGAAGCGUAUGAGGAACAGCGAGACGGCGCCCGGGCUGCUGCUGCUCACCCUGCUGGCCCAGUGCUGCCACGUCUGCCUUAAAGAGAACUCUGUCAACAGUCUUGCAGAGACUGAGUGCCUUUUCUUCGUAUUAACUGGUGUUGGGAAGGACAUCGAAGUUGAGCUACCACACCACAUGGCUCGGGUGAUGAGUGCCGCCCGCGAUGCCUUCUUCACCACCGUCAGGGUGCCGGCCGUCCGCAAGACUCUUCUGCAACUAAUUGAGAUGCAUGCUGCAAGAUGGCAGCUCCCAGCACCUGCAGUCAUGUAUUACUAUCCGGGCUCGGGCAGCAAAUAGAAGAGUGUGUGUGCAACUUGUAGGUUCCAGAUAAUUAAAGUACCCUUAGUCUGGUGCCAAAUUGCUGGCUGUAAAAUUCGCAUUGCCAAAUCAGUCAUGGGAAAUAUUUGUGUUUUAAAGUCAGCUGUUACUAAGACUGGCGAUGAAAGGUAGUGUGUAUUCCAGUAACUCGGUAAGGCUCCUGUUACACCAGCGGUGUUGUGCCUAACAGCCUAGUCCUAGUCAUGCCAUCUUAUAAUUCUUUAAGAAAUUAAGCAGCCGCCUUCAUUUGUUUAUAAUUUUAUAGGUUUGCAUGGAACGAAAUAUUUUAUAUGGUACAGGUUCAAAUGUAAGUUGAAUAUUUUCAACUUUUUGCUGCUCUGUAAUGAAUAUUCAGAUUAUUUAACUCUUCGAAAUUGACCAGCCACAAAUGACAAGCAAAUACUUUCCAUAAGACUCGGUUGCUGAUAAACAAUUUUGUUUUCAUGCUGUAGAUGCAGCUGGCAAUAGGACAAGGUCCAAUCCUUGCUAACCAAAUUCGUUUGCAAAACUACUGGGAUCCAGGAAUUUAUACAUCAUGGGCUAUAACAGGGUAAAAUGUACCUUCAGUGCCAUGUUACACUAGUUACACUGUUAUGGAAGGUUUCCUUAGUGUCUUCUUGUUUUACAAUUUGUGAUUGUUUUGUUGGAAAGACUCCUAAAGAGGGAAACCUCAUUCAUGCUUAGCAGUACAGUAUGAGAGGUCUGUUAAAGAGACGCCUGCUCUUCGUAACUAAUCCCUAAGUUCCUGUUUGCACUAGAAGGAGGGAUGUCUCAGCCUGGCUUCUCCAUCGAUCGACCGACAUAAUAACGAAUCUCGAUAUUUCGAGUGAUUACCCCUACAUGCCCUGGCCUGGGUAAUCAUCCUUAUAUAAUGUUCUGGCCAGCCAAAAAAUGUUUUUAUCAUUGGGAGUAGGCUGUCUACCUAGCCUAGCUGAUCAGUGACUGGAGGCUUUGAAAUUAAUUUGUCACUGGAUCUGUAAAGUGAUGUAGGUUAUGGCCACAGAAGUUUUACUUCUGGUACUCUGCUUAACAAGAAUGUGUGCUCUUAACUGUGGUUGAGAAAUAUGUUUCAACCAUUAUUGUGGUACACCUUUGUGAUAAAGGUGUAUGUAGACAGCGUUCUAGGUGUAAAUGUCUUGUGUACAUGUGGUCAUUAACUUGUCACUUUCGCCUUGUCUUAUAUAUAAUUAGAACUACAUUUCAGGAGCGCUUCACCGGCUGUGCCUAUGACAUGUUUCCCUUCCACCCAGCUAAGUCUGAGACAAGCUGAUAGUCUUCCAGAAAGGUCCAACUACACAUUACUGUCCCUAUACAUUAUUAGCCUAUGACCUUUCCAAUUUUCUUGACACAAAUUUAUUCCUUGGGAACCUAUCUAAGACCAGGAAUGACUUACCCUCCACAGCAAAAAAAAAAAAAAAAAAAAAAAAAAAUAUAUCAGGUCUCUUCGAACUGUUUUUUUUUUAAGACAUGAAAAAUAUUUGAUCAAUAAUCUAUGUUUUUCUAUUUGAGAUAGUUUUGAUGAAUACUUUCUCAUAUUCACUAAUCUGCUAAAGACCUGAUUUUGUAAAUCUUCAAUCUGUCAAGACCUUGCUCAGCUGCAUUUGGUUCCUUUGGGGAAUAAUAUACUCGAUCUUAUAUUUUAUAAAUGUUUCAAUUGUGAUGAAUGGUAGAUUUUUGUAGGAUAUUUUUGUGCUCCAUAAACUUUUGGAAAUAAAGAUAAGGAAUGAAUUAGAAACUGAAGUGCCUUAUAGAAUGUAACAACAAUCAAAUAUUUAUCACGAUUGGCAUUUUUGCUCUUAUGUAAAUCUGAAAUUAUGGCUAAACUUUUUACUGUUCAUGUUGUACUACACUGAACCAUAUUCUGUCUUAAUGAUAACAAUUAUCACUCGCCUAAAAUGUGAAGUUUAUUUAUAUUUUCAUCUGUAUCAUUGUAAAUGUCACUAUGAGAACUGAAGAAAUAUUUGUCUACAUGAAAGAAUAUGGACCUAGAUCUAAAUUUUGAUAACAUUCUGUGUGUUUCAGUUAUAUUUUGGGCUUAACAUCAAAAUAUACCGCUUAAUGUUAUAAUUAAAUGUAGUAAUCAGUUGGGCACUUUUUCGUAUGUCAAAUUGAGUAU